CCGGGGGCCCCCCACUUUGUGCGAUCCAGACGGAAGGACGCGCGCGGGGUGCGCGGGGCUCGCUUCUCGGCCGCUCCCCUGAAGGUGCCAAAUCCUAUCUACUCUCCGUAAUUGUUGCCAGAGCCAACUCCAGCGAAUAUGAAUGAUAUUUCCCAGAAGGCUGAGAUGAAAGAAAUGCUUGCUUCCGAUGAGGGAGAGGAGAUGUCUAAGGUAGAGAAGGCUUAUGUCCCGAAGCUAACAGGAACUGUUAAGGGCAAAUUUGCAGAAAUGGAAAAACAAAGACAAGAGGAGCAAAGGAAAAGAACUGAGGAGGAAAGAAAGCGCAGAAUUGAACAAGACCUGUUAGAAAAGAGGAAAAUCCAACGAGAAUUAGCAAAGCGAGCUGAGCAGAUUGAGGACAUAAACAAUACGGGAACUGAAUCAGCGUCAGAGGAAGGAGACGAUUCGCUGCUUGUGACAGUGGUGCCUGUAAAAUCUCACAAAACACCUGGAAAAAUGCAAAAGAGUUUUGAGGACCUGGAAAGAGAACGUGAGGAACAGGAAAGGAACAGACACGAAGAGGAAAAGAGAAUCCGGUAUGAGGAACAAAGGCGAUCCCUCAAGGAAGCGAAAUGCCUUUCGCUUGUUAUGGAUGAAGAAGCAGGGAGCCAAGGCACAAAGGAGUCUCUUUCUCCUGGAAAGCUGAAACUCACUUUUGAAGAAAUGGAGAAAGAGAGACAAGAAAAGAGGAAGAAGCAAGCUGCGGAGGAGGCUCGACAGCGCCUGGAGGAGGAGAGACGGGCUUUCGAAGAAGCCCGGCAGCAAAUGGUCAAUGAAGAGGAGGGCAGCUGUGAAAUGGAAAAUUCUCUUCGAGAGUCUCAUCGCCCGGGGAAACUCAAGCUCAGCUUUGAAGACAUAGAAAGGCAAAGAAGAGAAGAAGAGAAGAGGAAAGCUGAAGAAGAAGCCAGGAGGAGAAUAGAAGAAGAAAAGAGAGCUUUUGCAGAAGCUAGGAAGAGCAUGGUCCUAGACAGUGAUUCUCCAGAGAUCUACAAAACAGUCUCACAAGAAUCCCUUAUACCAGGGAAACUAGAAAUUAAUUUUGAGGAGUUAUUGAAACAAAAAAUGGAAGAAGAAAAGAGACGGACAGAGGAGGAACGCAGGCAUAAACUGGAGAUGGAAAAACAGGAAUUUGAACAACUGAGACAAGAAAUGGGGCAGGAGGAAGAGGAAACGGAAACCUUUGAGCUUAGCAGGGAGUAUGAAGAACUAAUUAAAUUAAAAAGGAGUGGUUCUAUUCAAGCUAAGAACUUAAAAAGCAAGUUUGAAAAAAUUGGACAACUGUCUGAAAAGGAAAUACAGAAGAAGAUUGAGGAAGAGCGAGCUAGAAGAAGAGCGAUUGACCUUGAGAUCAAAGAGCGAGAAGCAGAGCAUUUUCACGAGGAAGACGAUGUUGAUGUGAAGCCUGCCCAAAAAUGUGAGGCCCCCUUCACUCACAAAGUUAACAUGAAAGCUAGGUUUGAACAGAUGGCGAAGGCCAGAGAAGAGGAGGAACAGAGAAGAAUUGAGCAGCAGAAGCUGUCACGCAUGCAGUUUGAGCAGAAGGAGAUCGAUGCAGCGCUCCAGAAGAAAAAAGAAGAGGAGGAGGAAGAGGAGGGAGGCACCAUGAAUGGUUCCACACUCGAAGAUGGAGAACAAACUCGGUCUGGAGCGCCAUGGUUCAAGAAGCCUCUAAAAAACACGACCGUUGUAGAUGGUGAGCCAGUUCGAUUCACCGUGAAGGUAACUGGAGACCCCAAGCCUGAAGUCACGUGGUGGUUUGAAGGAGAGAGGUUACAGGAUGGGGAGGACUAUCAGUACAUUGAGAGAGGAGAGACUUACUGCCUUUACCUCCCAGAAACCUUCCCCGAAGAUGAAGGGGAGUACAUGUGUCAUGCGGCCAACAGCAGGGGUACUGCGGCCAGCACCUGCAUCCUCACCAUCGAAAGUAAGAGCUAACUCUGGGUCCCAUCCCCGCCCCCCAACCUACUCAGCUCCAGCUUCUUAGCAAAAAAAUCACUAAUGUCUGGUCUUCUCUUCUCUUCUAGCCGACGACUAUUAGCUUUUCUUUUUCUGGAACCUUCCUUCUUCUCCUCAACUUUCCUCCUGCAUCCGUCUCUUUCUGUGGAGGGGCCAAGUACGGGAAUCCGGGAGCUAUCAUGCCCAUCCAUGCUAGAUCUAAAGGCUUACCAUGGAAGCCUGAAAACCUGAAUAAAAUUAGGGGAAAAAAAUCUAUCAGUAAUCACUAAGAAUUCCAACUUCCCUGUUUCUAUAACAUGUAAUCCAAUGGUAUACAUUGAACCUUUCUGAUCUAAAAGCCUUGCUUAUUUUUAAGCAGGGUGAACUGAUGUGCCGCCAUAUUGCCUAUUCAAAAUGGAAGCUAAAGAGGGGUGAAAAGUUCAGAGACAGGAUAUUUAAACUAUAUAAGUUAGCCUCAAGGGAUAGAAAAAAGCAUAUAGAUGACAGGCUAACUUUAUCCACCCAAGCUAGAACCAAUCAGCCAUGCCUUCCUAAUAGUUUAAAACUUUGAAGGUGAACCAAUUUUGAUUGAUAGCUUUCUUCAACAAUAUUAAAUUCAGAUCAUUUCUGAGGACCUUUAUCAGGAGAGAUAUUUUGGUAAAAAUCUUUAAAGUAAAAAAAUUUUUAAAAAAGGGCAUAUUAUAAAUUCUAAAUGUAAAACUUACUGCCAACAUAUCACAAAGUUCUGAGACUUCUGAGUAUUAAUAUUAAAGAAGUUGAUUUUACCCAAAUAAAUUAUAUUAAAUUGGCUCACAAUUCCAUAAAAGCUUCUGAAAAUUCAGAAAUUUCAUACUAACCAGUUCAUAUAACUUCAUAUGAUUAAAAAAAAACCAAAACAAAAGCCUUGGUAUCUGCAAAAAUAAGUAAACUGAAGCUUAGAAGCUCUGGAAAUGAUGAGGAAAGAAGGGAAGUUUUAUGAACAAAUUUCAAACAUCUCAAGUUAAACUUGUAGGCUAGAUUUGGUCUUUUGAAAUGAGUUUGUAAAUAAUCUUAACUCUUACGUUCUUUACUCAAACUUUUCUUAUUUUAACUUUCUGGA